CCUCAAUAUCUCCCUAUUAAUUACGACUCCAAACCACUGGUCCUUGGCUAGUGGAACAUGGGUUCAACUCGAUCCGAUCAUGGCUCCGGGAAAGAGCGGCUGAAGUGGACUCAAGAACUCCAUGAUUUGUUUGAAAAAGCAGUUAAUCAGCUUGGAGGACCUGAUAGGGCAACUCCAAAGGGUAUAUUAAAGGCCAUGGGGAUAGAUGGACUUACUAUCUACCAUGUUAAAAGCCACUUACAGAAAUAUAGAAUGUCGAAAUUUGUUCCCGAAACAUCCAGACGAGACAAGUUUGAGAAAAGAAGCAUAUCGGAAAUAUUUCCAAACUUUAGCGUAACAUCUGGUGCUCAGUUAAACGAAGCAUUACAAAUGCAAAUGGAAGUUCAAAGGAGAUUAAGUGAUCAACUUGAGGUUCAGAAGAACUUGAAGCUGAAGAUUGAAGCACAAUCGAAAUUUCUUGAGAAACUCAGCCAAGAACACAAAAGCCCGAUGCCAAAUAUUACCAAAAUCAACAAGGUCAUGAUCAUGUCUCCUACAUCCCUACCUUCUCUUUGUGAUGUGUCUGAAUCGAUCAUGAAGGAUUUGGAAUCCGAUUCUGAAGUGGACACAAACGAGAUGAGACAUAAACAAUCAAAGAGGAGUAGGAUUGAUGAUGAAGAUGAUCUUAUGGCACAUACUCAAAGAUUGAAACCUACUUCACUAAAUAACAUUCAUAACAAUAUUCACCUUCCAAAAGGAGGCAAUGUCGCAUUUCCUUCUCAAGACAAUAUCUUUCCAUGGGGUUCAGCCUUUUGCCAUUCGCCACUCAUUCCAACUUGGUUCAAUUCUUUUGCUAAUUAGAGCAAUAUUGUUCGUUUGCUCCAGAGUUUUGUUCAUGUUGGAUUUGUAUUGUACUUUAAAUAAGCC